AUGGCACAAAUACAAUGGGACACCGUACAGAUACAUUACGAUGCAGAGGAUGGUGAGUCUCUUGACUUGAUGUCUCUCGAAUCUGCUAGUGUGUCGGCGCUAGUACAUAAUGAGGUGGGGGUUGAUAAUGGCAGAAUCAACUCUGAUCAUGGUAAUGAUGACAAGACGAGGAGUGCUGGUUGGGAACGAUCUAGCGAUAAUGAUUCGAAAGAUUCAGAUUAUCUACCGUCAUCUCAGACGGAGAUUAGUAUGGCAGAAGAGAUGAAAGCUCUGUCCGAGGAUAAGAAUGGGGACACAGAAUCCUUGAGUGGUAUCAUGUUGGAAUUUUGUAAGGAUGAUGAUGACAGAACUGUUGUAGAGAAUACAACCCAGGUCGCAGCGACAACAGCAGGGGAAGGAGUAUCGGCUUUUCCAUGUUUCGGAAAGCCUGGUAGGAGUGCUUUUACUGUUUUGGCUGCCGACGGAGCAGAACUUUGUGCGGCAACUCGGCCUUUUCAUGGAGUAAUCUUCGAAUGUGACAAAAGUCAGAUGGGACAAAUCAUCAACCGCGAAGACUACAUGAAGACAAGUCAAAACGGAAUGAGCGAAGAACAAGUCAUCGUAUCAAAGCCAUCGAGGAUUGGCAAAUUCUCCGUCAACCCGCAGUAUAGGAAGCACCUGGCGAUCAUUUUGUUCAUAGCACGAAUAGCCACAAGAAAGAGGAACAAAAAGUAUGCUCUGUUUCAGUUGAGGAGUGUUUUGACAACCUUUGUCGUGAACAAGGACCAUGGUACCAUCAGGUUUGUCAGAGCUUACGCGAACAAUGACGAAAAGGAGCGCUUUGAAGAGCUCAUGGGCAUAAUAGAAAACGAGGUGGCCGACCAAAUCAACCACACGGAGCUAAAACUUUGGGGAGUCAACAAGACGCCUUUGAAGAUAACGGACUUUAAAUUGAGCGCUCUCAUGAGCGUUGCAGGCGAUCUUGCAUAUGUUUGGCUGCGAUAUUUUUGUGUGAUUAUUGACAAAGCAGAAGACAAUAACUGGGGUUACGAAGAAGUUAGGCAUAGGGCAAUGAAUGUUGCGUCACCAAAAGGUGACGACGUUUACAAGUAUGGAACUUCAAGAAGGCUACUGUAUGUAUUCAUGCUAACUGCAUUUGAACCGCUCCCGGCUCGAUACUUCUGGCAGCAAAUCAAGCUGUAUGAGACAUUGACAUAUAAUCACAAGUUCAAUCAGUUGAUCGUUGAGACAAGCGAAGCGUUCGAGUCGUUUCUAAGAAGUAUUGGGGAGAAGGAGGCGGUGACGAGAGCGGUGAAUAAGGUAUUGAGUGGUCGAGAGACAGACAAAGGCUGUUGGAGAUGUGGUCUGGACGUGGAGGUUGAGGAUAUUGAAGAGAAGACGAUUAUCUGCGUGUAUCGGUUGAAGCAAAUUAUGGAUGGAGCACGAGCUAAAAUGACGCACAACAAGAAGCGGGGGGACAGGAAAAGAAAGGCGGAGGAGGUAACGGCUCAGAAGAAGGCAUAA